AUGGCUCAACCAGGAAUGCAAGGCAUGCCGAUGCCAGAUCUUUCGAAUGCUAUCGUGGCACAAGAUGAAAUGGGAAGACCAUUCAUUAUUGUCAGAGAUCAAGGAAAGAAGACUAGAAAGCAUGGAUUAGAAGCUACCAAAUCUCAUAUAUUGGCUGCCAGAUCGGUUGCCUCUAUUAUCAAGACUUCCUUGGGACCAAGAGGUUUAGAUAAGAUUUUAAUUCUGCAAGAUGGAGAAAUAACCAUCACCAAUGAUGGUGCCACCAUUUUACAGUCUAUGGACUUGGAUAAUCAAAUUGCCAAGUUAUUGGUUGAAUUGUCUAAAUCUCAAGAUGACGAAAUUGGUGACGGUACUACUGGUGUCGUUGUGUUAGCAUCUGCCUUAUUGGAUGAGGCUUUAGAGUUAAUCGAGAAAGGUAUCCAUCCAAUCAAGAUUGCCAACGGUUUCGACGAAGCUUGUAAGAUUGCCUGUCAACAAUUGGACAAAAUCUGUGAUGAGAUCGAUGUUAAGAAUGAAUCUAACGACUCCAACCUUUUGAAGGCUGCCAAGACUUCUUUGGGGUCUAAGAUUGUAAGUAAAUCACACCUGCAGUUUGCCCAGAUGGCUGUCGAUGCCGUUUUAGCAGUAGCAGACUUUGAAAGAAAAGAUGUUGAUUUUGAAUUGAUCAAGAUGGAAAGUAAGGUUGGUGGAUCAUUAGAAAAUUCUGAAUUGAUCAGAGGGGUUAUAUUAGAUAAAGAGUUUUCUCAUCCGCAGAUGAAGAAGAGAAUCGAAGACUGUAAGAUCGCUAUAUUGACAUGUCCCUUUGAGCCACCUAAGCCAAAGACCAAGCAUAAGUUGGACAUAUCGUCCGUAGAAGAGUUUAGAGUCCUUCAAGAAUAUGAACAAAAGAAGUUCCAAGAAAUGAUUGAUUCUGUAAAGGAUUCAGGAGCAAAUGUUGUCGCAUGUCAGUGGGGGUUUGACGAUGAAGCAAAUCACUUGUUAUUAAGUAACGAUUUAGCUGCCAUCAGAUGGGUUGGUGGUUCUGAGUUGGAAUUAUUGGCUAUUGCUACCAAUGGUAGAAUUGUACCAAGAUUCGAAGACUUGGCUGCUGAAAAGUUAGGUCGUGCUGGUGUCAUUCGUGAAUUAGAAUUUGGUACCACCAGAGACAGAAUGCUUGUCAUUGAAGAAUGUUCAAACACAAAGGCUGUAACCUGUUUUAUUAGAGGAUCCAACCAAAUGAUUGUAGACGAAGGUGUCAGAGCAUUACAUGACUCUAUAUGUGUUGUAAGGAAUCUUAUCAGAGAUAACAGAGUAGUCUAUGGAGGUGGUGCAGCAGAGUUGACUUGUUCAUUGGCUGUUUCCGAUGCUGCUGACAAGCAAAAGGGUAUUGAUCAAUAUGCAUUCAGAGCGUUCUCUCAAGCUUUGGAUAAGAUCCCAAUGACUUUAGCAGAAAACUCCGGUUUAGACCCAAUUGACACCUUAUCCUCAUUAAAGGCUAAGCAAGUGAACGAAAAUUCAUCUAAUUUGGGUGUUGAUUGUUUAGGAAAGGGAACCAAUGAUAUGAAGGAAUUGUUUGUUAUUGAUCCAUUGAUUGGUAAGAAGCAGCAAUUGUUAUUGGCUACACAAUUGACCAGAAUGAUAUUGAAGAUUAAUGACGUGAUUAUCAGCGGGAAGGACGAGUAUUAG